AUGCCGACAUCUGGUACUUCGUCUCCCGUCAAGCGCCCCGGUCUAGGCCGCCGCGCAGUGUCCUCCUAUGCGGUCGUCACGCGCACGGGCAACCACAACGACCUGUCGGAGUCUCACACCACCCUGAAGCCCCCCGUCCAUCAUAAACCACACCGCACCCACGUCGUCGGUGGCGGUCAUCGCAACCACCAUCGCAACCACUCCUUCGGCAAGCUGAACAAACUCCAGCGUCUUACGUCGCAGGUCAGUCUCGAGACCACCGGGCGACACCAUCAGCGCAAGAAAUCCGCCCCCGCGACCCCAGUAGCCAGCCCCAAGGGACACAUACAUUGGGACGGGGCUCUGGAUGACCCCCAGCCGACGCAAUCGAUGAAGAGAAAUUACUCCACCCCUGCGCUCCGGCGGAACACGUCUGGCCUGGCAAAGAAAGCCUUGACAACAUCGCGGCCUCACUCCAAUUCGGGGAAGAAGAAAACGGUCGGCUUUGAACUGGGCGAUGUGGAUAACGAUGACGCCGAAUGGGAGGAUACUACUCAGUCGCCCCAGAGCACGCGCCGCAGCUCCGUCGCGCCGUCCGUCCACAGCGUCGAUAACACCGCGGUCCUGGUCGACCCUCUUACCUUUGUGAAGCGCCCAUACCCUCAGAUGCCGCGGGCGACCAGCCUCCCUGAAUCCAUCACCAGCAAAUUAGCCCGAGAAAGUCAUGAAGCGGAUGAAGACGACUAUUCAGAUCCCGAUUCGGCUGCUGACGAGGCGCACGACGAGUCAGACCCUCACGCAGAACACGGUGAUAUCGCAAGCCGCCUCCUCAGCCCGUCGCACUCUGCCAAGGCUCCUCCUGCCAUGUCAUCGAUAUCGGCCACGGCCAAACCAUCGGCCACAGACCCUGCCUCGAGCAGAGAGUCCCUGAACCUGGCUGGCCAGGAAGGCGGCGCCCGACGUACGUUCUCUACAUCCAACAUAGGGAUAGCCAAUAUGCCCGGAAGCCAUCCUCCGGCCACUUCCUCGUCCAUCGAAGGUGGUGUCUCGAAAUUUAUUGUGAAUAACAAGUCCGGAAUACACUCGACUUCCCGAACCGACUCAGAUCCGAACACUCCCUCUUCCUUUCUUCCCCAUUACCAUCCACAAACGCCCCCAUCUCCUUCAAGUCGCAGUCUGAGCAAAUCCGCCGUGUCCCCUGCACGGCUACGGGGAGCCGAUCCACCUUCACGGACCCAGCAGAAACUUUGGCUUCAACGUACCGCUACUUUGAACAAUUCUCCUCCGGAGUCCCACGGCGUGCCCGCACCUGGGUCUCAGUCGACCAUGGACCCAGCCUUCAUGACACCUGGCCACUCACGACCUGGCUCGGUCGUCACGUUCGACACCAGCCGAGGCGUGGUGAACAGUGGAGGGCGAGUCGGAGGCGCAGUGCACGACAGCGAAGCCAGACACGUCCGCAAAGCGUAUGAGAAGACAUCUCUGGAGUUGAUGGUUGUGCGGCGCUUCCAGUCUCCCACAGGAGACAGCUUUGGUCGGCUGCGCUCGAUCGCCCGAACAUCCAGGAACUCCGCCGUCACCGGCGCUGGGAGAGUCUCAGGGCUCGGCAAGCCCGUCAAAUCGGCCCCGUCAUUAACCCUGCUUCAGCAUGGGAAACGCCCCAGUCGCCUUAGCUCAAGCCCGGACCCGAAACUCACCAGCCCCAAUCCGGCCUCUUCAGAGGAACCAGCAACUAACAGCGAAUCCACCGACACAACCCAAGUAGCGAACUCCUCGCACCCAUCCCACCGCCUCUUGUCGACAUCCGAUGAAGCCGCACAUGGCCUCUCUGUGGGGGAAAAUGACCCCGAAGACGAAUUCCAAGUGAGCGAAUCCGACAUGAUGGUUCGCCGCAUGUGGGAAACUCGCGAGGUGGCUACCUCCGGCUGA